AUGAACAGAAUUCGUGGCUCAAGGCGACAUCCUGCCUGCUUUCGGCUUCCCGGCAGCCGCGCGCAGAUGUCCAGCAUUCCGGAUGCGAUCGAAGUCGAGGCUUGUGAGGCCGGCAUGAUGAGACGUGCGGAGUCCGAAAGCCCAGGCGUGUCGCUGCCUGGAACCAUUGCCACCCUUUUGAAUGUGCUUGUAGGUGGUAGCAGCGUUCUGUUGCCGUAUGCAUUCCAGCUCUCGGGAUGGUGUUUUGCACCGCUGGUUCUUGCUGUCGGCUGUCUCAUGGGCUUCACAUUGUGGAUCAUGGGCUUCCUGCUUGAGUCGCUCGAUGAACGUGCAGAGCAGAUGGGCAUCCCCCGGUCGCAGCGCGACUGGGGUCUUAUCGGCUACGCAGCUUUUGGGAAUGUUGGCCGCGUUGCUUUUGCCGGCUGCAUGUUUGUUGAUCUGAUUGGAUCUGCCCCGUUCUUCUUGAGCAUUGCCAUCGAGCAGCUUCCUUUCCUCCUACCUUUCAGACACGAGUUGGUCGCUGCACUUUGCUGUCUUGCGGCCUUCGGCUGCUGCCUUCUCCCAAAAAGGUUUUUCUCAGCAAUGGCCGUGUUGGGGAUCACGUCUCAGGUCAUUCUGGUCGUGGGCGUUUUUGUUACAGGUGCCGAGCUGUCCUUCACGACUGGCACUGCAUCAGACCAAUUACUGUUCAAAGCAGCAGGCAUUCCACCGGCUGUUGGCAUUGCUCUUCUCUGCUUCAUCGCUCACAGCGAGGCACCUCUUAUUUACCAGAUGAUGGCAGACCGGACAAAGUGGACCAAGGCAGUGAUCUACAGCAUGAGCGUUGCCGAGGCUUUCGUCCUACUAUUCGGUGGAUUGGGAUACAUGUUCUUCGGCGGCAGUGUUGGGCAGUCCAUUGCCGUGAACAUUGGUCGCGACUUGGACCUUCAUCUGCUUCCGGAAAGCUUUCACAUCUGCCUAGGUGCCGUCACUAUUUUGUGCCUCAGCACAAAACAGCUGAUGUCUCUGCCUCUUGUGCUGGAUGCCACUGGCGAUCUGUUCGGAGAGAUGCUUCAGUGGAAAGGUCGGAUAAUCAUGAAAGCCAUGGUCUUGAGCAUUUCUGGUCUCACUGUGGUACUCUUCAAGGAUGAUGGCAUGGCUUUCUUUGGGGAUCUGGAGGGAAUCCUGCCUGCAAAUCUCGUGGGCCUCAUUUUCCCUUGUGCCGCUAUGCUGCAGAUUUGCGGGCAUGAGAUGUGCAUGUGGCGACGACUGGGUGUGCGUGCUUUGCUAGUUGUUUCCACUAUGUACAGUGUGCUUGGGUCCGUGUACAUUGUUCUGCAGCAAGUGGGUGCUUUGUAA